AUACGAGCGUGCACACGUCGACGACGACGACGGACGGGGCACGCACGCACAGGUGGGGCUGUGUAUAUCCCACCUGCGGAGGACCCAGGCGCAGCGUGUCUAUACCCGCGAUGAGGAUGAUGCCCCGUUCGGGUGGGAGGAAUUUAGGUUACUCGUACCACUAGGGAAUGUGGGCCGACUAUAUACCGGCUCAUCGCGACCGUCCGCCAGUUCAUUCCUUCCCCGUAUUUCCGAUUCGUCGGAUCCAGCAUCACCAGCCCCAGGGAUUCUUCUUCCUCUCGUCACUAACUGCCGUCGUCGUCGUCGUCGUCGUCGUCGUCGUCGUCGUUGUCGUUAUCGUCAAUUACAAUAGCGCUCUUCUCGCUCGGCUCGUCUUUAGGUAAACUUUCUGAGCAGCGGGAGAGGCGGCAAAGAGCAGGAAGAGGACUUCGUCGACUUCGAAACCUCAUCGCAUCUUCGAGGACCGCUGCUUUAAGUCAGUCGGGAAUAUGAGGGCCAUCUACUUGCUCCUCCUCGGCGUUGUCGCCGUGAGUGCCCAGCGUCGCUUAGCCUUGCCCGAACCGCGAAGCUGCGCGAACCGCGUCCGUCACGCGUCGUACAGAGAUGGCAGGGGGGUCGGGCACUCGUACUUCUUCAGCUGGGAACACGGACCGACCCGGAAUCUCGAGGUGGACUGGCUGGACGCUCGCAACAUCUGCCGCCGUCAUUGCAUGGACGCCGUGUCCCUGGAGACCCCUCAGGAGAACGAAUUCAUCAAGCAGAGACUAGCGAGAGGAAACGUACGGUACAUCUGGACGUCCGGCCGUAAAUGCAACUUUAACGGCUGCGACCGACCCGAUCUUCAGCCCCAGAACAUCAACGGAUGGUUCUGGUCUGGAUCCGGAGUCAAGAUCGGACCGACGACCCAGCGUAACACCGGGGACUGGAGCAACACCGGAGGAUACGGCCAACCGCAGCCGGACAAUCGUGAAGCUGCACAGGGUAACGACGAGUCCUGCCUAUCCAUCUUGAACAACUUCUACAACGACGGCAUCAAAUGGCACGACGUGGCCUGCCACCAUGUGAAGCCCUUCGUGUGCGAAGACAGCGACGAGCUUCUCAACUUCGUCGCGUCCCGGAAUCCAGGAAUCCGUCUAUAAAAAGAUCCAAUUGUAGACGGGCGAGUUGACCACCAUCGUAUACGCCAAGAUACGAUAAUUUAAACGCGACGGUAUUUCACGCGCAUCGCGUAUUUUUCCCUUCGUCGUACGUUUAUUAUUUAUAAUUUACACUAACCGAUGAUAUCUCUCUCUCUCUCUCUCUCUCUCCUUCUCUCCUCCCCCUCUCACUCUCUCUUCCUCCCUGUUUCUCUCUCUCUCUCUUUCUUUUUCUCUCUAUCUCUCUAACGGGCCGCGAUUGUAGUGCUGUGCAAUUCAUCGUAAGCGAAAAAAAUCGAUCGGUAUAGCUCGAAGUAGGCGGUAAAUGCAUUUAGUGUUGUAUACGCGUAAAUUUCUUAUAUAAUUUCCCUUUAAAUCCCUUUCGUAGAUGAAUAAAUGCAUUUUCUCAUUUGUA